CCUGAGAGCAGCUGCUGUAAACAGCGACACGCCGCCGAUGUGUGACGCGGGCGCCGCAUUUCUUCCAUUGAUUGCUUGUAUUUUCCAGUGCGCUUUAUAAUCUGAACUUUUUUAUUUUUUAACUCUGCGACUAACUUAUUUAGCUUGUUGUAUGCAUUGUUUGCUUUUAUGAAAAUUUGCCGACUAUAUAGAUAAUAGCUUUUUAUUAUUAUUUUAAAUCUUUAAGAAGUUUUUAAGUGUUCAUGAUGUUGCGACCGCUUCUGUGUCUGCUCUUUGCGCAGCUGCUUGCAGCGGAUGCGCGGAUCUCCAAGCGUUACGUCCCCGGCUGUCCCGAGCGAUGUGACAAGUCUCAGUGCCCCCCCAUCUCCGCUGACUGCCUCGCAGGCGACACGCUAGACCACUGCGACUGCUGUCCAGUAUGCGCAGCCGGGGAAGGAGAGCCCUGUGGCGGCCAAGGGCGGCUCGGCGAGCCCGAAUGCGCAGAGGGACUGCUGUGUUCCGUCACUGACGGAGUGGCGCAUUCGGCCACCGUGAGACGAAGGAGCAAACCCGGAGUAUGUGUAUGUAGCAGCAGCGAUCCGGUGUGCGGCAGCGACGGAGUGUCCUACAGGAACAUCUGCGAGCUGAAGAGAGUCAGCAACCGGGCAGAGAAGCUGAGGAAGCCGCCGGUCAUCUUCAUUCAGAGGGGAGCCUGCGGACAGGGUCAAGAAAACCCUAACAGCCUGCGGCACAAAUACAACUUCAUUGCAGAUGUGGUAGAGAAGAUUGCUCCAGCUGUGGUUCAUAUUGAACUGUACCGCAAGUUGACAUUCUCUAAGCGAGAAGUUGCAGUAGCGAGUGGCUCAGGGUUUGUGGUGUCUGAAGAUGGCCUCAUUGUUACUAAUGCACAUGUAGUGGCUAAUAAACACCGGGUAAAAGUGGAGCUGAAGAAUGGAUCCACGUACGAUGCCAAAAUCAAAGAUGUUGAUGAAAAGGCAGACAUUGCACUCAUUAAAAUAGAUGCCCCGGGCAAGCUGCCAGUGUUGCUUCUUGGUCGAUCUGCUGAUCUUCGUCCUGGCGAGUUUGUGGUGGCCAUUGGAAGCCCAUUCUCACUCCAAAAUACAGUGACCACUGGCAUUGUGAGCACAACACAGCGUGGAGGCAAAGAACUGGGACUACGCAACUCUGACAUGGAUUAUAUCCAGACUGACGCCAUUAUUAAUUAUGGAAAUUCUGGAGGCCCUCUUGUAAAUCUGGAUGGGGAAGUGAUUGGAAUCAACACUUUGAAGGUGACAGCUGGGAUUUCCUUUGCCAUUCCAUCUGAUAAAAUUAGGCAGUUUCUUGCGGAAUCGCAUGACCGACAAGCAAAAGGGAAAGUGGUUACUAAGAAGAAGUAUAUUGGUGUAAGAAUGAUGUCAUUGACUCCUAUACUUGCCAAGGAGCUGAAGGAACGUCAAAAAGACUUUCCAGAUGUCACCUCAGGAGCAUACGUGAUUGAAGUCAUUGCAAAAACACCAGCUGCAGCAGGAGGUCUAAAGGAGCAUGACGUAAUCAUCAACAUCAAUGGCCAGGCAGUCACCUCAGCUAGCGAUGUCAGUGACGCCAUCAAGAAGGACAGCACUUUGCGAGUAGUGGUACGCCGUGGAAAUGAGGAUGCUGUGCUCACCAUCAUUCCUGAGGAGAUUGAUCCUUGACUGGAGCUCUCAGCUGCUGGUCCAGUUUGCACAAUGAGCCCUUGCAGGAAGUGACAGGAAGUGACUGGAGACAAGUGCUACCUUUGGAACUAUUGCACACUGAUCCUGCUGGCAGUCGGGCAAAAUAAAUCUUUAAUACUAAGAAGAACUUUGUUUAGUCUGCUUUGCUUCCCCAGUAGAUUGAACAGGCCCUUACCUUUCAAGUGAUUAUUUUCUGGUUUAUA